GCGAGCCUGGCGGACCAUGGAGCCCGUGCCGCUGCAGGACUUCGUUUGCGCCCUGGACCCCGCCUCCCUCCCGCGUGUGCUGCGGAUCUGCUCGGGCGUCUACUUCCAGAGUUCCAUCUACGAGAUCUCGGGGAACGAGUGCUGCCUCUCCACAGGGGACCUGAUCAAGGUCACCCAGAUUCGGCUCCAGAAGGUUGUCUGUGAGAACCCAGGGACGGGCCAGACCAUAGAUCUGGACCCCAACUUCGAGGGCUUCUUCAGUCCGCUUACCGGCCCCCAGAGCUAUGAAACCCUGGAGAAACUGGUCUCUGCUAUAAUGCAGAGCUCCAAGCAGCUGCCCAUCUGGUUCAUGUCGACCCACAGAAUUGACACAAAGGCCAGAGUGGUACCUCAGGAGCAGCCCCUCAUGCUUGAGGCUGUGGAAAUGCACCUUGGGACCUCCUCUGCCCGCUGUGUGCUGGGCAUGGGAACCCAGGUGGAGGUUCUGCACCUGCCCCUGUCUACGAAGGGGCCCUUCUGGGAGCUGGAGACUGGUGCCCCUCGGACCCUGCUGCAAGUCCUGCAAGAUCCAGCCCUGAGGGACCUCCUCCUCACCUGCCCCACCUGCCCCUGGCGUUGCUUGAUCCUGAGGCCCCAGUAUGAGAUUCAAGCCAUCAUGCACAUGCGUAGGACCAUUGUCAACAUCCCGUCUUCCUUGGAGGUCGACGUGGAGGAUGUCACCACCUCCUCUGAACACAUCCACUUCAUCCAACCACUGCUGCUGAGUGAGGUCCUGGCCCAGGGAGGCCCCUUCCCCAUGACUACAGAGAUCGUGGAAGUUCCAGAAGGGCCCCCCAUCUUCCUCAGCCAGUGGAUGGGCUUCUUGCAGAAAGGCCAAAAGCUCUGCAUCUAUGGCCUGGCUUCACCAGCCUGGCGGGUCCUGGCCUCAACCAAGGGCCGGAAGGUGCCCAGAUAUUUCAUGGUGUCUGGAGCCUACCAGGGUAAACUGCGGCGACGGCCAAGAGAAUUCUCCACGGCCUAUGACCUCCUGGGUGCUCUCCAGCCAGGCUGGCCUCUCCGGGUGGUGGUCAUGAAGGACUAUGAGGAUGAUGACGUGGAAAUCCCUGGGUCUGGUUCCCUGGCUAUGGGAGACAGACUGGAGGUAGUGGGGUCUGGUCAGACCCAUGGGACUCAUGGCAGGGACAUAGACAUCUUGGUGUGUCACCGGCUCAGUGACCAGGCUGGGGAGGAAGAGUGUCAAGAGGAGGCAGAGGACCAAGAACAGAUCAUGCUGCCCCUCUACUUCUCUGGUGGCUUCGUGGAGGAGAUGAGUGAUGGCCGACGAUAUAGCCUGGAAGAUCUGAUUGUCCAGUUCUCUCUGCCCUGUGAAGUCAAGGUGGUGACCAAGGACACCAGCCAUCCUGCUGACCCUCUGUCCUUCUUCCCGGGCCUGAGGCUGGAGGAGAAAAUCAUGGAACCCUUCUUGAUGGUCAGCCUGGACUCUGAGCCUGGGAUGUACUUUGAGAUUCCUCCCCGGUGGCUGGACCUGACUGUUAUAGAGGUCAAGGAGCAGCCAGGUCAGCCAGCUGGGUCUCUCAGAGCUACAGUGGAGGAGCUGACAGAUGCCUUCUAUUAUCACCUUAGGAAGUUACCAACCUUCGAAAGCCAAUCCCCCCCACCCAGGCCCCCGAAGCGUCAGGACCUCAGCAGGCAGAAGAAACAAAGCAGCCAGGAGAUACGCAUCAAGUCUUCUGAAGUCUCAGAACUGCAGCAACCCACCCUGUUGCCCAAACUCAAGAUGAAGACCCUGCCAGCAGUCACAGAGGACAGAUCAAAUACCUACAGCAAGAUUUCUGUCAAUAAGAAGGGCUGCGAGACCACUAAGCCCAGCAACACAAUGAAUCCAGAUUAUGAACAUGAUUACGAAGAAGUAGUUGAGCACUUUUGGAAAUCCCUCUAGAUGCUGGAGGAACCGUACUUCCUAACUGCUGCUUCUCAGGGAAUCCAGGAUCCCAGUCAACUGUUACAUGCUUUUAGAAGACCUUGGACAGUCUCACAGAAAUCUGACUGUGGACAGGGAAUCUGACUUUGUAAGACUGAUCAGAAAUGGGAUGGACACUGCACCAACUUCCCUCAGGUUCCUGCCAUUGAAGGCUGGCUUGUUUGGGCCCAGCCCCUACACUUAAUGUCCUGACUCAGAACACUGGUAUCCAAAAGAGCCAACUGGUUUCUACUCACUCCUGUGUUCCCAACACAAGUUAUCCCACUGGUCAGUAAGGAAUCAAAGCCACCAACUUUGAUAAUGGCAGCACAGUAACUCCUGCCUCUUGGUAAAGGGCAACUCAAUCCUGAUCACACUGAACUGAGAGCCUUCUGUUUGCCAACCCCUGGCCCCACUUUCUGCUCCAUUCUUCCUCCCCCUCCACUGGCAAAGCUCUAAGUUCCGGAGAGACCAGGACCGUCUUCCUCAUAUCUGCAGCACAUGAUCGUUGUAGGUGACUACCCAAGAUUAUUUCACUCAAGAAGCAUAACAUAAAAAUACCACCUGAGCUUCUGGAAAAAUGACAUGGCAUCACUUAUUCUGUGGGCCAGACCCUUUACAAAUCUAUUUAAAUCCUCAACUUUCUGAGAUAGACAAGAGCCUGACUUUAAAGAUCAGGAAAUAGUCCAGCCGGUGUGGCUCAGUGGUUGAGCAUCAAUCCAUGUACCAAAAGGUUGCUGGUUCGAUUCCCGGUCAGAGCACAUGCCCAGGUUA